AGGCGUGCUGCAUGCGAGACGCUGAACUGCAGUCAGUCACUGUAGCAUCAUAACGGAAUAAGCGUUACCAGGGAAAGAAACACAUACAUUUUAAACAGAACAUACUUAUACUUAUCCAUCUAUUUAACCCCAUUCAACCCAAAUUACGUCGUUACCUUCCUCAACGUUGCGUUUCAGUCUAAAGGAAGAUCAGCAAACAUGUUCUACACUUGUGGUCCCAAUGAAGCUAUGGUGGUGUCAGGCUUCUGUCGUUCUCCUCCAAUGAUGAUCGCUGGCGGCCGAGUGUUCGUCAUCCCAUGCAUACAGCAAAUACAGAGGAUUUCUCUGAACACUCUGACUCUGAACGUGAAGAGUGAUAAGGUCUACACUCGCCAUGGAGUUCCCAUCUCUGUCACUGGGAUCGCUCAGAUGAAGAUCCAGGGUCAGAAUAAACAGAUGCUGGCUGCAGCUUGCCAGAUGUUCAUGGGGAAGUCAGAGCCAGAGAUCGCUCAGAUUGCUUUGGAGACGCUGGAGGGACAUCAGCGAGCCAUCAUCGCCCACUUGACAGUUGAGGAGAUCUACAAAGACCGUAAGAAGUUCUCAGAGCAGGUUUUCAAGGUGGCUUCCUCAGACCUGGUCAACAUGGGCAUCAGCGUGGUCAGCUACACUCUCAAAGAUGUUCAUGACGACCAGGAUUAUCUGCACUCACUGGGAAAAGCUCGGACAGCCCAGGUUCAGAAAGACGCUCGCAUUGGAGAAGCCCAGAAUAAGAGAGAUGCUGUGAUCCGGGAGGCUCAUGCAAUGCAGGAGAAAAUAUCUGCUCAGUACAGGAAUGAGAUCGACAUGGCAAAGGCGCAGAGAGACUAUGAGCUGAAGAAGGCAGCCUAUGACAUAGAAGUGAACACAAAGAAGGCUGAGUCAGAGAUGGCCUACCAGCUGCAGGUAGCAAAGACGAAGCAGCGUAUUGAGGAGGAGAAGAUGCAGGUCCAGGUGGUCGAGCGGACGCAGCAGAUCAUGCUGCAGGAGCAGGAGAUCACCCGCAGGGAGAAGGAGCUGGAGGCCAAAGUGAAGAAACCUGCAGAGGCAGAGCGGUACCGUCUGGAGAAACUGGCUGAGGCUCAGCGCCUGAAGAUGAUUAUGGAGGCAGAAGCCGAAGCUGAGUCCAUAAAGGUUAAAGGUGAGGCUGAGGCGUUUGCUUUGGAGGCCAAGGGUCGAGCUGAGGCUGAGCAGAUGGCAAAGAAGGCAGAAGCCUUCCAGGAGUACAAGGACGGCGCCAUGGUGGACAUGUUGCUGGAGAAACUGCCUCUGAUGGCAGAAGAGAUCAGCAAGCCUCUGUGUGAGGCCAGAAAAGUUACCAUGGUGUCCAGCGGAGGUGGAGAGGUGGGGGCAGCCAAACUGUCCGGAGAGGUGUUGGACAUCAUGACCCGCCUCCCUGAUGCUGUGGAGAAACUGACCGGAGUCAGCAUCUCUCAGGUGUCCUCUCGUACAGGCUGAGCAGAAUCCACCCAGCCAGUGACCGUGCAGGCAGACCUACUAUCCCGCUGCCUGGAUUCCCUGCAUUCAUCUUAUCACAGCCUCCUCGUCUCCCGUUUUCUACGUAGCUACGUUCCCCGAGCUGCUUUGUGAUGUUGCUGUGUUGUGCAAAUAUUAAUCACCUUUUAUCUGUUCUUUUGUUUGUGGUUGUUGAUACCCAACUUUGUUCUUAACAUGUUAAAUUGUCUUUUAUGCUCACUGGUACUACAUUAACAAGUUUAUUCAAAUAACAAUAUUUUAAAAAUAUAUUCUUUUCUACAUCAGGUCUGAAUUUAUAUUCAUCCAUCCAGAUUUAAAAUGCACUCAGAUUAAUUCAAAUGUAGCCACUUUGCAUUUUCACAAGACUUUUUUUUUUUAUUCUUUAUGUUUUUUUCUGCUUAAUUUGCUUUUUGUCACAGUGUGCGUCCAUCUUAUCGAGAAGAUCUUUAUCUGUGUCGUUUUGUCUCGAGUCUCCCUCCUUCCCCUCUGUUUACCUGUAACGCCUCCUCCAUUACUGCCUGUGUCCACUGCCUUGCUGCCAAACCUUAAGUGCAUCUUAGCAUGAAAAUGUAAAGCAGACAUGCUUUCAGCAUUCAUUUACUAACACUACUAACAUUUCUUAUGGUAGGUUCCUAACAAAAACCCCUUUGUCAAGUUUUUUCAGCUGUGGUAGGGUCGCAGUUUAACAGCUAUUUAAAGUUGUGGCACCUUCUGUGAAGCUUAUGGCAUUGUUUUGAUAUUUCUUUUUUUUUUUUUUUCUGUGUCAUUGCUUUGUAUUUUAUUUAUGUUAGAUUUUAGGAGCAUCAUUUUUUGUUAACCCAGUGAUUGAGGAUUACCAGGACUUGCAAUGGAGACUCAUGCAGGAGGUCUACACCACACGUUAAAAUGUGAUGUGCAUGCUGCUUGCGUCUUCAGUAUGCUCUUAUCUGACAUCAGGUUAUUUAGCAGAGACUCUGCAUCAGUCAGAACUAUUAUCCAAAACCUUCACAGCUAUUAUUCGAGCACUGCUAUGGCUUUUACAAUUCAAAGCUCUUUCUACUACAUUACAAUGGUGGUCACUCAGGACAUUCAGUUUCCUUUACUGACAACCUCAAAGUACAUUUAUAUACAAAAACACUUCACAUUAAUGCAGAGCAUUUGAACCCUUUUAGAUUUUAAAUGACAUUAAAUAUAAUUUAUUGUUUAUAACUAUAAAUUAUUAAUUCUUCUUCAAAUUGGAUGCUGUGACCAGAUGACCAGAAUCAGCCACUAAACUAAAAGAUUCUCUCUUUUGCUUAAAAAUGUGAAGGUCCAGCUCACAUUUAGUAUUAAAAUGUGUCCUUUGGUAACACAAACCCAAGUAGAAAGCUCUACGUUUAGGUGCACAUAUGACACACUGCUAGAAAGCUAAAAUUCUUGUCAUUUUAUUGAUGCAAAUAAUUUAAUGAGGCCACAGCAGAAACAGUUAAAACCAACAACAAUCGGACACAAAAAUUAAUAAAAAGCCUCCAAGUAAUGCACUUUAUUAUCAUCUUUUCUCCUAACAGUCAAGUUCAGUACUUUAUUCCCUGAUAUAUUGUUAUUGGAUGGGUUUAAAUUAGCAGGCGGUCAUGUCUGAAAUUUCACAUUUUCCAUGUAAACAUUGUUGAUAACAGUGAUUUUAUUUGCAUGUUAACAGACAUAUUUGUCUGCCAACAGAUCAGAUUUUAAUGCUUGCUCAAUCCAUACUGAGUGUGUUCACAACUGCUUUCACUGCUGUCCUUGUGCAACCCCCGUGAUGUAGGUACAUAUCAAAUCUGAACAUGGCCAAUAACAGGAGCAUAAGCCUGUAUUCGUUUGAGACUUUACCACCCUGACGCUCAGUCAUACGCAUUAAGUGAGCAGUGCCUUUUGUCUAAUCAGAUAUAUAGCAAUGGUUAUAGCCUGUGAAACUAAAGAGAAAUGUGAGAUGAAGUAGACCUUCAUUCAUCCAUUGUAGUGAUUAGAAUAACAAGAGUAAUGCAGAGGAAUUAUUAAAUAAUGUUUUAGUGUUAAACCCAUGGGUUCAAAUUUUAUGGACAGGAUGCUAACUGUGAGUUUAUAAGUUCUGUCAGCUUGUACUGCAGGGAACCGGAUGUCAGAAUGUGUAGUCCUGGUCAGGAAAGAUGAAAAGUGAAAAGGUUUGUUUUUCCCUUCUCUUCAGUCUUACUCAUUCUUCCUGAAGUAUGCACUUAUGUAUGUUCAUUUAUAUAGUUGUAAUAUGAAUUCCAAACAAUCCACUGUAUGGAAGUGAACAAUCUUACAAUCUCAAUGCAGCUGUUGCUCAGAAUUAUAUGCUGAUGGCGGUUUAGGAGUCAGCCCUGCAGUGUUACUGUAGUCAUUCUGAAACUUGCCUUAUAUCAUAAAUCUGUUGCACCGUCACCCUCUACCUCACCUCUCCAGCUGGUUAUAUAAAACACUAUGUUUUUUUCUAUAUGUUGUGUUAGUGAGUCUUAUAAUGCAUCAAAUGUACAAGGAUCUCACAGUGACGUGUUUUUUGUUUUUUGUUUUGUACUUUUGUAUUUAUAGAAGUAAUUAAGUCUGCUUAUUUUAUUUUAUUUUUAGCUGUGGGACAGUGCAAAGUUUAUUUAAAACCUCUGAUUCCCAUCCCUCUCUUUUGGCUCGUUUUUGUUGUAUACACAGCUGAUUACAGUACAGCUAAAUGUUCUGAAAUGACUUUGUUACUGUUUGUUUAUUGAUGAUAAGACUACUGUUAAUAUGCAUGCAUUGAUACCGAUCACACUUGAAUUUCAUCCUGCUUGAACGUUUGUUUCCAGACUGGACACGUGCAUCAACUGAGUUACCAAAGUAGGAGAUUACCUGAUGGUUAGCUUAGAAACUGAAGUUUAACCUUUGAGCAGCUGUCAUGUUUUAAGUGUAAUUAUGCUGACGUGGCACUUGAUAUGGAAUAGAUGUGUUAAUGAAUUAUAUAUAUAUAUAUAUAUAUGAUCUUUUAUACAGUAUCAGUGUAGCACUUUCUGUUUCUCAAGUCAGCACUGUAAACUCUACUGAUUCUCACCAAGAGAAACGCCUGUCGUCAUAAAAGUAGAAAAGCUCUGGUUAGUUUUAAGUUCUCUGUUAUGCUAUGUUGAUGAAGUUUUAUCUAAGUGGAAGUUUCUGUUUUGUUGCAGUAACUGUCAGACUGUCGUUGCAUUUCAGAAAAACUGUUAGAAGAAACUGUUAUUCUAAAUCCUGUACACAAUAUACCUAAUAAAUUUCAAAGGGAAAACUGUG